AUGACGCGCAACGUUAACGAGGAGACGAGGAUCCUCCAAGCGGCCAACUCCCGCCUACAGGCGGAGAUGGCCGCACUUAAGAAGGAGGUGGCGGAGUUGAAGGCGUGCAUGCUACAGAUGGGGGCGACAUCCAAACCCACCGCAGCGGCAGGCCUUCAAAAUACGGACGAGGACAUGGAGAACCGGAUCCUAGGCAGGCUCUCGGACCGGCUCAACGCCCGCAUAGACGGGCUAGAGCCGCGUCUGAAUCCAGAGCCUCGCCUACGACCGGCACUGGCUCAUGACAGGCGCGAGGCGGAAGCCAGGCGUAAACCCCCGGCAAGCCGUCCACGCCAAACACCGGCUACGACCCAGGCGGAAUUGCCUGAAGUGCGCCUCCCUGAACCGGUCCAAUCGGGCUGGAUCAAGGUCGGCGCAAAGGGAAAGGCGAAGGCGUCGACUUCUACAUCGACGCCGGCCGCUUCUUCUCCUUCUUCCACAGCCCCAGUCGCCCAAUCGGGCAAAAAGGCUAAGAAGAAGGCCAAGAAGAAGAAGAAGACGGCCAAAAAACAGGAGACGGAACGUCCCCUCCCGCUGGCGCCAGCAUCCAUGAAGGAGACCAUGGCGUCGGUCGUGAAGAGGGGCCUAAGGGAAAAGGCGCCGGCGGUCAUCAGAUCGGCGCCCAUGCCCAAGAAGGAGCAGGAGAAGGCCAAGCCUGCGCCUAAGCUGCGGGCCCCCAAGACCUCGGCAGUCGUGGUGACUCUACAUCCCACGGCUGUGGAGAAGGGGGUUACGUACGCCAAAGCGCUGGCUGAGGCGAGACAAAGGGUGAACCUAAAAGACCUGGAGAUCGAGAGCGUCCGCUUCAAGCGCGCGGCGACCGGGGCCUCAAUUAUUGAGGUCUCCGGUGCCGAUAACGCGCCAAAGGCGGACCUCCUCGCCGACAAGCUCCGCGAGGUGUUCGGGAACGGCGGCGAUGUCACCGUCUCCCGACCAACAAAAACGGCGGAACUGUUGGUGGCGGGGUUGGAUGACUCCGUCACCAAAGAAGAAGUGGCAGAAGCGGUCGGUGCCAAAGGUGGUUGCGCGGUAGACCGCGUUAAGGUGGGACCGCUCCGGCAAGAGAGGUCCGGCCUCUUCGCGGUCUGGGUGGCAUGCCCUGUCGAAGCUGCCAAAAGGGUAGUUGAGGGCAAGCUGCUCGUAGGUUGGGUCUCGGCCAGAGUGAAGCUCCUUGAACGCAGGGAGCUUAGGUGCUUCAAGUGCCUUCACUCUGGCCACGUCAAGGCGCGGUGUACUGCGGUGGCCGACCGGGGGCUUCAGUGCUACCGGUGCGGUCAGAUGGGACACCGCGCCGCUGACUGUAAUGCUGCCCCUCACUGCACACUGUGUGCGGAGGCUGGGAAGGCAGCAAGCCAUCGCUUGGGGAGCAAGUCAUGCUCGGCCCCCAAGAAAAGGAUGGCCAAAAACACCGCCCCAGGCCCCGACGGGAUCCCCGGACGCAUAUGGGUCCUGGCGCUACGGAACGGAUUUGACGGCAGGUUCCGAGAUUUACUUUCUCGGUGCCUCAAGGACUAUACUUUCCCAGGAGACUGGAAGACGGGGAAACUCGUAUUGAUUGGGAAGGCGGGAAGACCGGCAGAUUCGCCCUCGGCGUACCGCCCGAUCGUCUUGCUCGGGGAGGCGGGUAAGCUUUUUGAGCGCGUUAUUGCGACCCGUCUCUCUGAGCACCUCGAUCGAGUAGGGCCAAAUCUGGCGGACUGCCAGUACGGUUUCCGGCGCGGCCGCUCCACCAUCGAUGCUAUUGCACGGGUGAGGGCCGUCGCCGAAGAGGAGGUCUUGACGGGCGGCGUGGUGUUGGCGGUAUCUUUAGAUAUCGCCAACGCUUUUAACACGCUGCCUCACGCUUGUAUAAUGGAGGCCCUGCGGUUUCAUGGGGUCCCAUUAUACUUGCGGGAGACGAUCAAGGCCUACCUAUCGGACAGGACUGUGGUCUAUCCCACAUUUACCGGACUUGGACAGAAGAGAGUGUCGUGCGGCGUUCCACAAGGUUCCGUUUUAGGGCCAUUAUUGUGGAACGUCGGUUACGACUGGGUCCUUCGGGGCCCGACUCUCGGCGGCGUUAGCGUCGUUUGUUACGCGGACGAUACAUUGGUGUUGGCAAGGGGCGGUAGCUAUCGGGAGGCGAGCGUGGUAGCUACCGCCGGAGUAGCCCAAGUAGUGGGCAGGAUUCGGAGACUGGGCCUGACGGUGGCCUUGGAAAAAUCCGAGGCCCUGUGUUUUCACGGGCCUCGCCGAGCGCCACCGCCAGGUGCUCAAUUGAUCGUGGGCGGAGUUUCCAUCGGCGUCGGGCACACAAUGAAGUACUUGGGAGUUGUGCUCGACAGCCGGUGGAACUUCAGAGAACACUUCCGGCGGUUGGCUCCGAAGCUCGCGCGCACCUCGUUCGCCCUGAGCAGGUUACUGCCUAAUCUGGGCGGACCGAGCGCGAGUUGUCGGCGCCUCUACGCCGGAAUUGUACGUUCGAUGGCCCUAUACGGGGCACCUAUCUGGGCGGAUGCCCUCGAGCGCCACAACAAAGCCCAACUGCGCAGGUCGCAGAGGGUUGUGGCGCUCAGAGCGGCAAGGGCAUACCGCACCGUUUCGUGCGAGGCGGCAUGCCUCUUGGCCGGGACUCCCCCAUGGGAGCUGGAGGCUUUGGCGUUGGCGGACAUCUACUGGAAGUCCGCCAACGCCAAAGGUCGGGGGGAGGUCCCAAGUGGAGAAGAGAUCGUUGAGUGGCGACGGAACGCACGAGACGUUGUACAACGAUGCUGGCUCGAACAGCUGAGCCAGCCGGGAGCGGGCCGCCGCACCAUUGCGGCGAUCCGCCCCGUCCUACGAGAGUGGCUAACGAGGCGGUGGGGUGCGCUCUCAUAUCGCCUAGUGCAGGUCCUCUCGGGGCAUGGCUGCUUCGGGAGGUACCUGUGCAACGUGGCCAGACGGGAGCGCACUCCGCAGUGCCCGAGAGAGGCACGGGCCUCUAUACCAUCUGGCCCGGCCCAUCUCUCGCUGGCGGAACUAGAGGAGGACCAAACCAGUGUUGCCCUCAACCAAUGCGUUGAGGCAUCACUGAGGACGAUACUGGAGGUAGCAACCAAGUCCACCAACAUCAAAGGGACAUUGGUGAAAGCGCUGAAGGAGGCGGCGGCAAACAUCAAGGCCGCCGUCUCCCAGCUUAGAGAAAGGACCAUCGUCGACCUGCCCAGCCUGGCCAGAGAGGGAGGCUGCGCGGCGGACGCCAUAAGAUCGGGCAGGCUCACGGUCGGCCCGAGGGGAGAUGGCUCACUCUGGCUGAGCGUGCCGGUGGCGGCCGCCAAAAAGGUGACCGACGCCGGCCGCGUGAGGGUCGGCUGGACCUCGGCUAGAGUGGUGCUGCUCGCCUCGCGGCCGACGCGGUGUUUCCGCUGCCUCGAGACGGGGCACAUGGGUGCCAAUUGCCCGGGUGAGGUUGACCGCAGCAAGCUCUGCUUCCGCUGCGGGAAGCCAGAUCACCGGGCACGAGACUGUGUGGCAGACCCGAACUGCCCCGUCUGCGAGGCGGCGGGCAAACCGGCGGGCCACUUGAUCGGCGGCGACGGAUGCGCCACCGCCGGGCAAAAGCCAACGCCCAAAGGGAGGAGUGCGCCGAAACGAAGGCCUCGGCGCAAGGCCAAAAAGGCCGGAGCGGAGCGAAUGGAUACCAGCCCAUAA